GGACUCUUUUAUUAUGGCGGCGCCCAGUAGUUGUGGUAGUUUUGGCUGUUGCGGCAUCCACGCGUAGGUGUUCUCUUUACACGCCUUGGCAUAGCGCUUGCCGCUGCUUGCAGCGUAUGAAUCGCGUUCUCCCAGCUUGCCGAAUGGACAGUAGUAUGUCGCUUUUAGCGAGCGUCAACGAGCUGCUUAACACAGCGCCAACACUCGUGGAUCCGGAAGAUGACAUUCAUGAAGAUACAAAGGCAAGGUUGGUGAACAAGUCCACUAUUGACUAUGAGGAUGUUGCGGCUCCAAAGUCGAGGCCCCGAAUGCAGCCUCCAGUCAUACUGGGAGAUCGCUAUGCGGGAAAAAAGGUGACCAAGAAAGAUCUGGAUGAAGAUGGUUUUGACAGUGAUGAUGGAAGCUUCCAAGGCAGUGACGUUGACGACAGCUUGUCAGAUUCUGACGAUACUGGUUGCAAAGAUAUAGUGGAAAAUGCAAUGGAUGAGGAGCAUCAGCGAUCUCCAUCUGAGCAAGACGAGGAGGAUGAAGGCGGGGGAGAUCCCACAACAGCCAUCUCCGACCAGACCAAGAGCUCAAAGUCUGGUGGUGUAGACAACUUUUCAACUGUGGACAUUGCAGCUGAAGUGAAGAAGGGAAAAGCAGUCCAUUCCCAACUGCAGAUCUGGGACAGUGUCUUGGAGGUGAGGAUCCAGUUGCAGAAGUUGCUUGUGCUGGCAAACCACUUUCCAAAGCACGACCAGUAUUCCCUGUUUCGGGCAGCUGCUCUGGAGCAAGACAAGAAGAAUGGCAAUCUCCUUGGCCAAGCCAAGAGCAGUGUUGAACUAGUCAUGCACCAGCUCCUUACCCUUCAGGAGCACCUCAGGGAUUCGUACCCAGAGAUUCAAAGCAUCUUCUCGAACGCCACAGACAAGGAAAGGAAGGUUGAAGAUGAAAUUGACUCCGAAAAUGAAGAAAUUCCCAGUGACACCGAAGCUGAGGAGAGCUCAGACGAGAGCGAAAGUGAGCCAUCCGAAUGCAGUCCUGGCAAGAGGAAGGCUUGCAAACAAGGUCGUCCUGAUAAACCGACAAAGUGCCGCAAAAUGGAUGCCUGCGUAGCAUUGGCUGCAGAAUUCUGGACGAAGUUCGAGCCUUACAGGAAUGCCACCAUCGAGAAGUGGUAUGAGAGGACACGGCUACUGUCGGGAAAAGUUGGUCGUAGUUUUGCCUCGCUCGAGCAGUCUCCGGUCAAACAGAUUGAGCACAUCCUCAUGGAUGAAGAAAGACUGCUUCGCAGGACACAAACCAAGCGCUCCUCGUAUAAGGUUCUUGGUGCUGAAGAGUCAGAGAAUAACGACAAGCAGGAGCAGAAUUCUGGCUGUGUGGACGAAGAGGUUUUUGACGACGACGAUUUCUAUCAUCAUCUUCUGCGGGAAAUUAUUGAGCGAAAGACCUCCAACAUUUACAACCCUGUUGCCCUGAGCAGGCAGUGGCUGGAGAUUCAGAAGCUUCGGAAGAAGGUGAAGCGAAAAGUGGACACACGGGCCAGCAAAGGCCGCAAGAUUCGGUAUGAUGUCAUUCCAAAGCUCGUCAACUUCAUGGCACCUCUAGAUAGAUCAACAUAUUCUGAAGAGGCCAGGACGGAGCUGUUUUCAAGCUUGUUUGGACAGAAGAAGUAUGUGUGAUAAGAGGAUCGAAUAAAGCAAUGAAAAAGCACUGCAAA